AUGCGGGCGGCGGGUCCGGUCCCGGCCGCUGGCUCGGCUGCCGCCGCCCGCCCUCCGCGGGGCCCCCGGGGCCGCCGCCGGGUGCGGCCGUCCUUCGUGGAUGAGUCGCUGUUCGGCCGGCCCGCCGGGGCCCGCCCGCCGCCGCCCGCCUUCCCGCCGCCCUGGGCCGCUCCCUCAGCCCGCGGCUCCCGGCCCGGCAGCCCGUGCAGGUCCCGCAGCCACGCUCCGUCCUUCUGUGACGAGUCCCUGUUUGGUGCCAAGCCCCAGGGCCCUGCCUGGGCAGCUCCGCGGAUGAGGAAGGAGGAUGUGGCCAGGCUCCACUCGCUGCUGUGGAGCCCCCCGCCUGCCCCCCGGAGCCAGCCCGGCCUCUCCCCGCGCUGCAGGGCCGCUCCCCUGCGAGCCGAGCACCCGCCGGCCUCCGCUGCCCCGGCCGCGGCUGAGCCCGGCCGCAAGGAGAGCCGGAGUGGCUGGAGGCAGCCCCGGGGCGAUGCUUGCCCCGCAGGCUGGGCUGCUGCUGGCAGAGCGCGCUCCCAGUCUGUCAGCCGGCUGAGCACGCCCCCGGACAGGAUUCACCUUUCUUCCAGCCUCGGCACAGGAAGGUGGAAGAACCGGAGCGCUCCAACAACCCCUGCUGCACCCCAGGGCCCUCUGGUGAGGGGUCGGUCCAACAGCGUGUCCGGAUCUCCGGUGCCAAAGAAUGCCAAGGCAGCAGGUGGCUGCACAGCCAGACCCCCCUGGAAGUGA